AUGUCCCAUGACGGAGAGGAAGAGCCCGGUAUCGCCAAAAUGGUAAACUCAGUUGAUGAUAUUAUAAUUAAAUGCCAAUGUUGGGUUGAAAAGAAUAAUGAAGAACUUCUGGCUGAAAUUUUAUCAAUAAAUACAAGAAAAUCACCACCAAAAUUUUACGUCCACUAUGUUAACUUCAAUAAGCGGUUGGAUGAAUGGGUACCCACUGAUAGAAUAAACCUGGAUAAAGAAGUAGUAUAUCCAAAACUGAAGGCAGUUGAUGAUGAAGAUAACAAGAGACAAAAGAAAAAGAAAGCAAUGGCUGCUAGCGCUACACCACAGGAAUCUUUGCAAGAUGGGGCAGACGGUAUUUCGAGAGAAAAUACGGAUGUUAUGGAUUUAGAUAAUCUCAAUGUACAGGGAAUAAGGGAUGAAAAUAUAUCACACGAGGAUGAAAUCAAGAAACUGAGAACCUCUGGUUCUAUGACACAAAAUCCACAUGAGGUGGCACGAGUUAGAAAUUUGAAUCGAAUUAUAAUGGGAAAGUACGAAAUAGAACCAUGGUAUUUCUCUCCAUAUCCUAUUGAAUUAACUGAUGAAGAUUUCAUUUACAUUGAUGAUUUUACACUGCAAUAUUUUGGAUCUAGGAAACAGUACGAGCGUUACAGGAGGAAAUGUACGUUAAGACAUCCACCAGGAAAUGAAAUUUACCGUGACGAUUACGUGUCAUUUUUUGAAAUUGAUGGCAGAAAGCAAAGAACAUGGUGUCGUAACUUAUGUUUACUUUCUAAACUGUUCCUAGAUCAUAAGACAUUGUACUAUGAUGUUGACCCAUUUUUAUUUUAUUGCAUGACAAGACGAGAUGAAUUAGGUCAUCAUCUGGUGGGAUAUUUUUCCAAGGAGAAGGAAUCCGCGGAUGGCUACAAUGUCGCAUGUAUCUUGACAUUACCACAGUACCAAAGAAUGGGAUAUGGUAAGUUAUUAAUUGAAUUUUCCUAUGAAUUGUCGAAAAAGGAAAACAAAGUUGGUUCACCGGAAAAACCCUUGUCUGAUUUGGGUCUGCUAUCCUACAGAGCCUACUGGUCGGACACUUUGAUAGCACUAUUGGUGGAGCACAAGAAGGAAAUUACUAUCGACGAAAUAAGCUCAAUGACCUCGAUGACUACAACGGACAUAUUACAUACAGCAAAGACGUUGAAUAUUCUACGAUAUUAUAAGGGUCAGCAUAUUAUUUUCUUGAAUGAAGAUACUCUAGAUAGGUAUAAUCGACUGAAAGCCAAAAAGAGAAGAAGCAUAGACGCUACUAGGCUGACUUGGAAACCACCGGUGUUCACUGCUUCCCAAUUACGCUUUGCCUGGUAA